AUGAUUGAGGUCGUUCUCAACGAUCGUCUGGGGAAGAAGGUUCGAGUCAAGUGCAACGAGGAUGACACCAUCGGCGAUCUCAAGAAACUAGUAGCCGCACAGACUGGUACGCGACCAGAGAAGCUGCGCAUUCAGAAAUGGUACACCGUGUACAAGGACCACAUCACACUGGCAGACUAUGAGGUGAAGGAUGGUAUGAACCUUGAGCUGUACUACAACUGA